AUGGCAGAACCAAGGCGCACCUUGUCUGAUUAUGAAAGACCUCAGUUUACUGGUGAGGAAUUCAGUGUGCAUGCUCCCACCGUGCCUGCUAAUAACUUUGAAAUCAAAGCAAGCACAAUUGGGAUGGUCCAAAAUUCCAUACAAUUUGAUGGGUUGGCUGAUGAAGACCCGCAUGCUCAUUUGUCUCGCUUCCUCCAAAUUUGUUCCACCUUCAAGAUUAACUCAGUGUCCGCUGAUGCGAUAAGAUUGAGAUUAUUCCCUUUCAGUCUAAGGGGAGCAGCAUAUAGAUGGCUCACUUCAUUGGCUCCGGGAUCGAUCACCACAUGGAAGGAAAUGGUGGAAAAAUUUCUUGCUAGCUAUUUCCCACCAAGCAAAGCCGCUAGAUUGAGACAAGAGAUUUCUGCAUUCCGACAAGGGGACUCCGAGACACUCUUUGAGGCACAUGAGAGAUUCAAGGAUCUCCUACGCAAGUGUCCCCAUCAUGGCUUUUCCUCGUGGAUGAGGAUCCAGAUGCUUUACAAUGGCCUGAAUUAUGCAACCAAACAGCUCAUCGAUGCUGCAGCAGGGGGGUCAUUGAGUAGUAAAACCCCUGAGGAUGCUGAAAUCUUGAUUGAAAACAUGGCAAGUAAUGAGUGUCAUUGGUCUACUAGGCAAAAACCCCCUAAGGAAGCUGGAAUUUAUGAGAUAAAUGACAACACUGUGCUAGCCGGCAAGGUUGAGGCCCUAACAAAGAGAUUCGAUCAGUUUGUGUUGGCCUCAGAUGCCCCAAUUGAGACAGUUGAUUAUGUUGGGGGAGCUCCCAGAGGCCCGCGGAAUCCUUAUGGAAACACAUAUAAUCCGAGGUGGAGGAAUCACCCAAAUUUUUCUUGGGGUCAACAACAGCAACAUUGGCCCUCGCAGCCACAGGGACUUCCACCUCAACCUCUUCAGCAGCCCGAGAAGAAGUUCACUACUGAAGAUGUGUUAGCAAGGUUUAUGAUCAAUACCGAGGCAAAAUUUGUGAACAUCAACAACCAAUUCGCUGAAGUAAACACUAUUUUGAGGAAUGUUCAAGCCUCCAUUCAAUCAUUGGAAAACCAGGUGGGGCAACUUGCUAGGGCAAACUCGGAGCGACCGCCGGGUAGCUUACCUAGUAACACUAAAAAUAAUCCAAGGGAGCAUUUGAAAGCCGUCACUCUCAGAAGUGGGAAGCAGGUUGAAGCACGAGCCGAGGAGGGCUCAAGCACUAAACAUAAUGGGGUAGCCGCACGGGAAGACCCUAAGUCAUCUGAGAGUGAAAUUGAAGGGGUAAAGGAAAAACAAGAUGAAGGAACCAUUCAACUACCAACACCAAGGAUACCUGAGUACAAGCCGGUGACCCCCUAUCCGGCUAGGCUGAGGCAAGAUAAGGACGAGGCUCAAUUCAAGAAAUUCCUAAAUGUAUUCAAGCAGUUGCACAUAAAUAUCCCUCUUGUUGAAGCGUUAACUCAGAUGCCCAAGUAUGCAAAGUUUAUGAAAGACCUGCUGACUAAUAAGAGAAAAUUGGAGGAAUUAGAAACAGUUGCACUACCACGGAACUGCUCUACAAUGAUUCAGAGGAAGCUCCCUGAGAAAUUGACUGAUCCCGGGAGUUUCAUUAUUCCAUGUGUGAUUGGGGAAGGCAUGCAAGAAAAAAGCCUUAGCAGACUCUGGGGCUAG